AUGAAAUACCAACGUCUUGCCUCCCUGGGCCUUGCUGCCCUGAGUGUUACCGGAUCUGUCUCUGCAAGCCCUCUCAUUCGACAUGAGGGCGAGUCCGUGUGUCCUUCAGGUUACACACAGAGCGUCUACUAUGUGACUGUUACUGCUAGUUCCACGCCGGCGUCGACUUCAUCAGUUGAGCCAACUACAACUAUAGAGUCCACGUCGACCGUCACGGAGACUACAGUCAUCACCCCGGAGAUUCCAGCCCAAUCUCCUACAUCCACCCCGGUUGAAAUUCCUGCUCCUGUUGAAACUCCUGCCCCGGUUGAGACCCCUUCUCCAGCUGAGACUCCUGCUCCUGUGGAGACCAACACUCCUGUCGAGCCUACCACUUCAUCAUCUACCACCGAGACACCCGUGGUGGCUCCAACCAUUGCUACACCCUCCACGGCUGAUGUCCAGCCCACAGAAGUAGUCGCCGAGCCUUCUACUUCAUCCUCUUCCACCGAAGAGCCAACAGCAACCCCAAUUGCUGCUGAGACACCUUCUACUACUGUUGAUGCCCAACCCACAACCGCCGCUGCCGCCCCUACAACCAAGCAGCUCAAGCUAUCGACCACCAGCACAGCUGCCCCAGCUGCUUCCGUCACCUCUUCAUCCACCGGCUCAUCCUCUAGCAGCAGCAGCAGCAGCGAAUCUAACUCUGGCGAAGCCACCUUCUACGGCGGCAACCUCUCCGGCGGAGCAUGCUCCUUCACAGGCUACACACUCCCCUCCAACCUCUUCGGAACAGCCCUCGGCUCGCCCCGGUGGGACAACGCCGCCGAAUGUGGUGCCUGCGUUGCCGUAACAGGCCCUAACGGAAACACUAUCAAGGCUAUGAUCGUCGACAAAUGCCCCGAAUGCGACUCCAACCACCUCGACCUCUUCCAAUCGGCCUUCACCGAGCUAGCCGACAUCUCCAAAGGCGUAAUCGACAUCACCUGGAACUACGUCUCCUGCGAUAUCGACACGCCCCUGAAACUCAAGAAUAAGGAGGGUACCUCCGCGUACUGGUUCUCGAUGCAGGUCGUUAAUGCCAAUGAGGCCGUUACCUCGUUGGAGGUCAGUACUGAUGGUGGAAGUACUUGGCAGAGCACUACGCGCUCGGACUAUAACUACUUCGAGAAUAGUUCCGGAUUCGGGACGGCGACGGUUGAUGUGAGGGUUACUGGGAAGAGUGGGAAGGUUGUGACGGUCAACAAUGUGAGUGUUUCUUCUGGAGUGGAGGUUACUGCUGGGGGGAAUGUUUAG